AUGAAUCCGAUCUCUGAUCUAAUAGACUCGGCUUUGGCGGCCACCCGCAUGGACGCCGUCGACGCCCUCCGAGCCUUCUUCAUCUUCGCAUUCUGUACGAUCCUGUCGGUCAGCCUGCCGCAAUCGCUCCGCUCGCGCUUCGUCCCUUAUGGUGCCCGUGCAACCUCGACGGCCGAGUCGAAUUCGAAUCCCUCGCCCUCGUCCUCUAAGCCUUCGAGCAGCUCCCCGAUCACACGUCCCCUCGACUGCCUCGCCGCCUUGAAGGUCCCCCAUGGCUACUUCACACAAUUCUACGUUGCCUCGGUGAUAUCGUCCCUAUUUUGGGCCGUGCAGGUCCUGUCUCGCGGCGCUGCCUUCCAGGCCGUUGCAGCAAGGAUUCGUCCGGAACACCUGCAGAAUGCGAUGUCAUUGAACCAAGUCCUGCUGUGCUGGGCGCUGAUGCUCGUCCAGGGUACAAGGCGCUUAGUGGAGUGUCUGGCACUCUCGAAGCCAUCGUCAUCCCAAAUGUGGUUCGGCCAUUGGCUUGUUGGUGUUGCUUUUUACGUGGCAGUGUCAGUUGCAAUCUGGAUUGAGGGUACUGGCACUCUGUUGGCUCACGAGUACACCCUCGACCAUGUCAAAAUCACCAACGUACCUUCUAUCCGCACGUUUCUGUGCCUUCCCAUCUUCAUGUUCGCAUCGGGUCUCCAGCAUGACUGCCACUACUAUCUCUUCUCCCUCCAGAAGUAUACCGUCCCCGCUCAUCCAUUGUUCAACCGACUUGUGUGCCCGCAUUACACUGCGGAAUGCGCCAUCUAUCUGUCGUUGACGCUGCUAGCCGCCCCGCCGGGAGAAUGGGUCAACAAAACCCUUCUGUCGGCGCUGGCGUUUGUCGCCAUCAACCUAGGUGUAACUGCCGGAACCAGCAGAAAGUGGUAUGCGCAGAAGUUUGGCGAGGAGUCUGUGCGGAAUAAAUGGAACAUGAUUCCGGGGGUGUACUAA